AGAGAAAUCGAACUCCGUGAGCCAAGAAGCCAAAAGCCAAGACCGUACAGUCAGUCCUAGAGAGAGGGAGAGCUUCGUCACUGCGAAAGCAUCCUCCACCUCUCUUGUAGGCUUACUCUUAUACAUAUACACCACUCGAUCGAGCUCUUCCGAUUAGUUUUGAACAUUCGCGAACAGUUUAGAUUCUCUUAGGACGGUCUCUGAUUCUUUUUGGGUCCUGUAUAGUUUACCGUAGUCACAGAGGAAGCCAUUGCCGAUGGACUUCUACGGUCGGAAUCUGACAAGGAAUGGGUCUCAACCGGGUCAGCAACCUGAAUGGAGACCGGCGGGUGGUGAAACCGGGCUUGAAGAAUCAAUGUGGCGAUUGGGACUGAGUGGCAGCGAAUCUUAUCCUGAGCGGCCCGGCGUGCCCGACUGUGUUUAUUACAUGCGAACUGGCUUCUGUGGAUAUGGUAUCAGGUGCCGUUACAAUCAUCCUCGUAACAGGGCUGCGGUAAUUCCUCCACUAUUGUUGUAUCCUCAUCAGACUAAUCAGGUUGAAGCUGCUGUAAGAGCUACUGGGGAGUACCCAGAACGAGUGGGGGAACCCUUAUGUCAGUUCUAUUUAAAAACUGGAACCUGUAAAUUUGGUGCAUCCUGCAAGUUCCACCAUCCAAAACAUGCAGGUGGAUCUAUGAGCCAUGUUCCUCUUAAUACAUAUGGAUACCCAUUACGGCCGGGUGAAAAAGAAUGCUCCUACUAUUUGAGAAUGGGGCAAUGCAAAUUUGGUAUCACUUGUAAAUUCCAUCAUCCUCAACCAGCCGGCACAUCAGUGCCAGCAUCUGCACCUCAGUUUUAUCCAUCGGUGCAGUCUCCUUCAGUUCCUAUACCUGAACAAUAUGGGGGUGCAUCCACCAGCUUGAGUGUGGCGAGGCCGCCGCUCUUGCCUGGUUCAUAUGUGCAAGGUGCAUAUGGUCCCAUGCUACUUCCCCCUGGAGUUGUUCCUAUACCGGGUUGGAAUCCAUACUCGGCCCCUGUAAGCCCUGUUCUAUCUCCGGGUGCUCAACGUGGUGUAGGAGCAACUUCUCUGUAUGGAGUUACUCAGCUAUCUUCUGCCACGCCUACACUAGGAGGACCUUAUCCUUCUUUACCCUCUUCUGCUGGCCCUUCAAGAAGUAGUCAUUUGGAACAGUUGUUUCCUGAGAGGCCUGGUGAACCUGAAUGCCAGUAUUACCUGAGAACCGGGGAUUGUAAAUUUGGAUCAUCUUGUAGGUUUCAUCACCCACGUGAUCGGGCUGCUCCAAGAUCUGAUUGCUUCCUGAGUCCACUUGGUCUACCUUUCCGUCCGGGAGUACAACCCUGUGUUUUCUACUUGCAAAACGGGCACUGCAAAUUUGGAGCUACAUGCAAAUUUGAUCAUCCAAUGGGAGCAAUGAGAUAUAGUCCAUCAGCAUCGUCUCUAACUGAUAUGCCAGUUUCUCCCUACCCAGUUGGGUCACUGCUGGGUACUCUGGCCCCCGUUUCCUCUUCUUCUGAUCUAUGACCCGAACUGAUUUCAUGGGGGAAAGGAAUCAUAUUUGAGCAUGAUUUCUUCGUCCAGAAACACCGCUAGUAGCUCGGUUUGUUUGAUGUUUACUCAGACCGGGUCUGUUUCACUUUCUGAUUUGCAACUUUCAGGUCAGAGUUCUGUUCCUCUAAGCAAUAGUAGAAGACAAGACCAGGCAGUGAGGUCGUCACUUAAGUUGAUGUAAACCAAACCCCAUCCUUCAUUAUCUGUGGACAACGUGUGGCUUAGCUCGAAUUAGGAGGGAUCUAUCUAUCAUGUUUAUCGUAAUCUAUUAAUAUUAUCUUAAAUAAGCCUCUGUGGCAAAGUAAAAUGAACUGUCCCCCCCUCAUUUUUCAAGUAAUAACACCCAGAAAGCAAGUAUACUGGGUCAGCCUACAACUCUCCUUCACCAGGUCAUGAUUAUAGUAUUAUACUUGUGGUCUGAUCAUUGUUGCAAUGAAAAGGCUAACAGUUCCUCAUGUUAUUGUAUGUUCAUGCCUAUUCAUCCCAAUCUCGUGUGUUAUUCUACUCUGGUCAUAUUUCCCUCUGGUCCUCUUGGAAUUGGGACCGAUCCAAUUUUGUAAUUUCUAAGUUUUUUUUGGUUGGAUUCCAGUGGGGAAUUUGAGAAAGUGUUUGAAGGUUACAGGAAGGCAUCUCCUUGCAGCCUUAUUUUGAGGUGCAAGAGAUUACCAUUUUUGAGGGGUUAGCAUGUUUCUUUGAAUUGAAACAGUGACAAGUCCUUUGAAUGUAAAAAAUUCUCGCCACUUCCUCUUCAUUUUAUUGAGUUGCAUCUGUGAAGAUUCAAGUUUGUUUCUGUAAUUGAUUAUGAUUGCUUUGGACUUAAGUUGAUUGAUCAGUGGAAAAAAAACCUAUGAAUGCUUAGAUUGCUGUAGAAUAAAAUCUUUGCCGUAUUGCGACUGUAUGGUACCACACUUAACCCUGUUCUAGAAUAUGAAUGUCUGCUGUGUUGCAUAUUGUUUUUUCGUUUAUGAAGGAACUUGUUGUACGUUUCUUCAUUUUUAUGGUGGUUUUUCUUUUUUUAACCUAUGAUGCAAGUUCAUUUGUAAAUGAUUUUUCUUGGUUACUAACCAUAUAGGGUAUCUCAUUCUCAUACCAUACAUGAAUAUUACGCCAAGUGCGGGGGAAGAGCCAUGCAUUAAACUUCACCUUGCAUCUCUUGCCUGGAGAUUGGAUGGUUUUUAAUCAUCGAUGCUUUCACUGUCCACAAUGCCAUGCAGCUGAUGUCUUUUUGUGCCCGGCAGUGAGACUCUGGUUGGUUCCGAAGCAACCUGAAGGUCGAAAGGACUGGCUCUGUUGCUGUUUACAAAUGAAGAAGGGACCUGUUCCAGGUACUGUGGGAUUGCUAGGGUUGGAUUACAUUCUGUUUCUUCAUUCCUAUUUAUUUUGAAUGAUGACAAACACUGCAGUUCCUUUUCAUGAAUAGUGGGUUUUGU